AUGGAAGGCAGGGGUCCUAUUGGAGUUGAAGACAAGGAUGCCAUGCAGGAAGUGAUACCAGUGAUGCAAGCCCCAAAGAUGAAGGGCUCCAAGAGGUAUGUCCACAGAGCAGAGCGCAUAAUACUCAAGAAAAAUGCACCAGUGCUGGAUGAAGAUGUCAAGAAUGAGAUAUGGCACUCUAUAAGUCCCCAUCAAGUGCACUCAUCUGUCCCUGAUGAGGAACCAUUGUGGAAGAAGCUGGUGGAAUACCUGGAGACCAUGCAGCAGCAGAAGCCUGCAGAAAAGAACCCACCUGCUGCUGCUGCUGCCACCAUCACAGCAGAUGACCCAGAGCAAGAACUCUGGCAACACAUAGAAAAGUACAUCAGGUACUUGCACAAGAAAAUCAGGAAACAGCGCUUGGCUCUCAAAAAACUUGCCAAGUACAAAGCCUUCCACAAAAAGUACUCCCCACUAAUCCAGACCAAUAAGAGGCACACUAAAAGGGACAAAGGCAGCACUUUCAACUCUACAACCACCAGCAGUGCUGCCAUCUUGCCAACUCCUCCUCAACCUCAGGCCUGCUUGAUUCAAUUCUUCACUCCUUGCAGCAAAGUGAAGAGCAGCAAUGACACAGACCCUCCUGCUGGCAACAAUAAUAAUGCCAUGAUGACACCAUCUCCAAAUGAAAAGUAUUCAGACUCUGGUCCUCUUUUGAACUUGGCAUAUUCUGAGGAACAGCUGGAUCCCUUAUUGUCUGAGGAAGAUUAUGAUCCUUUUUGGAUGGGAAAGUGUCAUUACCAGCAGUCUUUAUGGCUCUGUGUUGUGUUGUACAUGAUGAACUUGAAAAUGCAUGCAGACCCACAGUUCCUCAGGGCAUGGAGACAGCCCAACAGGAAUAAGAGAGGCAGAGUGCGCAGGGACAGUGACCAAAGUCCACAGUCUCCAUCAGCAGCAGGUGCACCUGUGCCCAGCAUAGUGAGAGUCAUUGGUUGGAGAGAGCCAUCAGUGACCAGUGCUGCCACCUAUAGCAAUACUUUCCUGAGGAAAAGGAAAGCUAGGGAGAUUUCAGAAAGGCCAGACUUGAUGUUGUCCCCCAGGGAAGAAAGGAGUGAAGGCUGGGGGGAAAUGCUUGGGCUGCUUGGGGAUAGCCCAGAAAGACCCCUUAUGGAUGACCCUCCUGCAGACUAUUAUGAGGACAAUCCCUUUGUGCAGAAAGGCAGGGACCUACCUUACACUAGGAUGAACCUGAAUGUACUUGCAAAUCACAAGAAAGUCUUCAGAGUUGACCAUGACCUCUAUGACCCUCAAACAUUACCCAAGGAAGUCUUGUAUGAGUCAUUCUACACCAACCCACAUGAGUACAGGACUUCCACAGCUUAUGCAGUGACAGAGCCAGAAGAGCCCAGCAGAGAAUUGCCAAAUAAUAAGAAGCCAGCUAUGAAGUACCCCUCUGUUGUGGUUAACUUACCAUCAGACAUGUUGACCACUGAACCACCCACAAGGCCACCUAGGAUGACCACAACUGCAAGGGAAGCACUCAGGAUAACUGCCAAACUGGUUUUCAAGAUCAAGGAACCUAUUCCAGAAGUGCAGACAGAGAAAGAACCACCCAAUGAGAUCACAAGCACCACCUCUACAACCCCCACAACCACUACUAGUACUAGUAGUACUACUACUCCUACUACUACCACUACCACCACCACCACCACCACCACUGCAAGUACACCCACCUCUUCUUCAACAAAGCAAACCAGUCUGGCAAAAAAUACUUUCCCUUUCAACAAUAAGGUACCCACUAAUACAAUGAAACCCAAGACAGAUGGUCUGACAGUGGAUGACAUAAUCAGAAAGUACCUGCAAUCAAAUAGCAUUGCUGUGGAUCUCCCUGAAGUGGAGAGUAAGAAUGAUCUGUAUGCAAAACUGGUGUCCAUACCUCCAAAAAUUGACCUGUUGACAACAAGAAGUGUUGUAAAAGGUACCACAGCUGCAAUUCUUUCUGAUGGUACCAUCACUGGUGUCCCCAAGCAGCCCCUGUGGAAGCAGCUGGCAGAUUACUUUGAAAAUAUUGGAGAAAGAGCUUUUCUUCAUUUGAAGAAUUCUUCAAAAUUUGACAAGGAUAAUGUUCAUGAUGGAGGUGCAAAAAGAAAUGGUGCCAGAGCAGCAAUUUCUGACACAUGGAGCCUGGGUGACAAGGUUGACUACCUGCUUGAGUCAAGUGUGACCAGUGAGGCACCAAAUGUUGAUGUUUCCAGAGAUGUGAGGUGCAACAGAGUGUCAAUCAUAAGCAGGCCCAAGUACACAGUGUUGCCAUCAACACAGAUGAGACUGAUCCACAAGCCUGUGGAUGACAGCAGGAACCAUGGAUGGUUGAAGCACAUUGAGACCAUGGACAACCAGGACCAUCCAUCAGAGCAAAGGUCUCCAGGAGCUGGACAACAGAAUCAUUGGCCAAAUGUGCUGGAGGACUUUCCAUCAAUGGUGAAUCAGACUGAGACUAUAACUGAUGGUGCUGCACCUCAGGAUGGCACAAAGGCACCAGCUUACUUCUUGGAAGACAUCCCAACUACUGCAUCCUCAUCUUCCAGUACAUCAACCAUCCCUAGAAGCACUACCAGCAGUUCCAGCACUGCCACCACCACCACUACCACCAGCACCAGCACCAGCACCACUACCACCAGAACCACCACCACCAGGGCCUCAUCAACAUCUACAAUCAAAACCACUCCCCCAUCAGAGAAACUUAUUUCUGAGGAUGAAACCACCACAGAAGAAGACAGGGCUCAGACAACUGAAUCCACAGAGGGGGAAAAUGGCAGCUACUUGCCCACAACUGAACCAGUGACCAAGAAGAGGAAGAAGAAGAAGCCCAAAUGGCCUUCAAAACACAAGCCACGUCAAAGGGGAAGAAGGAAACACAAACAUUUGCCUGUGAGCAGCACAGAGGAAUUGGUGACCACAGAAAGUGCCACUUUUGCCCCUGCACCCCCACCACCAAGGUAUCCUGUCCAAGUGCCCUACAUGUACCCAGCACCAGUGUUCCAAGCACCACCAGUGUACCAUCAGCACCCACCAAAACCAUCAGCCAAGAUGCCCAAGGUGUGCUACCCUGUUCCCAGGGGGGCCAUUUAUGACCAUGCAGGCACUGUGGUGAAUGUCCCAGCAGUCCAAGACAAGAUCACUUUCAAGCGCAGUCCACUGAAGUAUUUCACAGACAAUUGCUGCAAUCAAAAUGGCCACAUGGAAAACAUCAUAGUGUGUUAUGACCAGAAGCAGCAAGUGAGGCCCUGCAGGGAAACCUCCAAUAAUAAGAGGAACUUCUUGAGGAGUGCCAAUAAUAAGGGCAAUAAAGAGUACUGGUCCCUGUACAAGUUCAGGGAGAAGCAGAACCUGCCACAUAUUGGAGGACAAGUCAUGAAGGCCAAGUCUCAGUCUGCUGCUGAUCCUGUGCCAUGGUGCAACAAUUAUAGAUGGCUAUUUGAGAUUGAGAAAGACAGUCUGUCUGAGCAGCUCAAGAUUGGGGUACCUGACAAGCACAGAGUUAUCAAAAAGGUGGGGAAACUCCUGGAAUGUCUGUUGCCAGAGGCCAUGGAAUUACCAGCAGAUCUGCCUUGCUGUUUUGAUUCUGGACAAAUGCUGACUUCUGCUGAGACACCAUCACCAGAAACCCCAGUCCCAGACUGGAGCAUUGACCAGCAUGGGUCUUUAAACUUGGUGGACAACUCUUACCACACUGAGAGAGACACAGUGACCAUGGUUGAACAAGAUCCAUCCCCAGCAGCAGCAGCAGAUGACCAGCAGGCCAAGAAGGAGCCACCCAUCAUCAAUAACAGUCAAUUGGUCCAACACCCUCAAUUUGGAGUGCAUGAUCACCAUCAGGGGUCACACAUGUAUGCUGACUUUCUUGAGAAUGAUUGGCAACAAAACCUGCACCAGCAAGAACCCAUCCAAGUUGACCUCACAGCACAACCAAUCACCAUCAGCAGCAGCAGCACCACCACACAUUUGCCUCCAAUCCCCCAUGUCCAGCACAUGGACCAAAUCAUGGACAGAGGACUGUAUCAUUUUGCCAACAAGGGCCAGGUGAACCAUCACAUGAAGGAGAAGCUCAAAUUUGACAACCUGGAGGCUCACUUGCAUGUCAAGUUGGACAUUCAGCCCAAAAAAGCACAAGAGUCUCAGAUAGUGUGA